GAUGACUGUUUUGAGCAAUUUCCUUUCCAGCAAACCAUUGUGCCGCCCCCAAGUUGUCACUACCCUCAUCUAUUAAAGAUGCGGUGUCUUGAUGUCGUCUGAUUUCGGCGUGCACCAGUUGUUGAUGCCAUUCGACGGCAAUCAACCUGGACCAUCGAGAAUGAUAGUAGAAUCCCCCACCAAUACGCCACCAACGACGGAUCCGUCUGACCUCCUUCGACUUCUUAGUGAAGGAAGUGGAUCUUCUGACUCACCAAAAGCACAUCUUGAACGACUUCUUAGUAGUGCUAGUGACUUACACGAUAGCUCUUCACCUAUGGCAAUGGAUGCAUCAAAUCCGUUUCCUAUGGGAAUGGAUCUUUCCAUGUUUGGUGAUCUCACGGGUGCUGGAGCGCUGAGAAACUCAUCAAAGACGUUGAAAUGCCCAAAGUGUAACUGGCACUAUAAAUAUCAGGAGACUUUAGAGAUCCACAUGAAAGAAAAGCAUUCAGAUGGCGAGGUGAAGUGCGGUUAUUGUGCUGAGAAUCGUGUACAUCCGAAACUCGCCCGUGGUGAAAGCUACUCAUGCGGUUACAAACCUUAUAGAUGCGAACUUUGCAAGUACAGUACGACCACAAAAGGCAAUUUGAGCAUUCAUAUGCAAAGUGACAAGCAUCUUCAUGCGGUACAAGAGCUACCGAGUAGCAUUGCUUCUCUAUCCUGUCCUCCAGCUCGAUCUCCUCCACAAGAGGGCGAUCGUUCUCUAAUUUGUAUUGUCUGUGGCUGCUUUUCCAGCGAUGAUUUGGAGGAGAUGAUUGCUCAUGCAGAUAAGGAUCGAUCACGUCCAUCGCACGGGGAUAUAUCGAUGAGUGGAGGAGUGUUCCGUUGUCAUCUCUGUCCAUAUCACACCAAUUUGAAAGCGAAUUUCCAGCUUCACACACGGACUGACAAACAUCUGCAGCGAGUUCAAAUGGUUAAUCACAUCCGCGAGGGCACCUCCGCGUCAUCAGCACUGUGUCGAAUCGGAAACGCAAAAACCGUUUUUCAAGUACUUUGCCGUCCGUGUCAGGAGCUUCUGCCAAGUGCUUCAUCACUACGAGACCACUGCGAAAGUAUCGCACAUCGUACAAAUCUUCGGCAACCGAUUACGCAUUACAAAUGUCGGUUGUGCUCCUUUGACACACCGCAUAAACAAGACGCUAUUGGCCACAUGACGUGUCACGAAGCAACAACCUGGCCAAGGAAUACGAUAGAUUUCAAUGCGACGACGAUGAGCGACGAUGCGGCGUAUGCAUGUGCCAGCUGUGGAUUUACAACCAAGGACGCUCAAAUGUUGGAGGAACAUGCACGUACGCACGAAGAAGGCGAACAGUGCCCGUUAUGCUCGGAUCGUACGCAGAAACUCACCGAGCAUUUAAUUCAGGAACAUAAGAUUGCCGAGUCAGCGGUGGAACGGCUGCUCGCUGUGCAUCGUCCAGAACCAUCCAGUUCGGGCAACUUCACCUUCCGGUGCGGACAGUGCACAAUGGCCUUUCGGUCAGAGUCUGCGCUUCGAUCGCACUCAAUUCUACACCUUUUUGCGCCUACUCAGCGAUGUUCACUAUGUCAGAAAACAUGCUCCAGCGAUGAGGAGUUAAAAACUCACAUGGAAGCGGAACAUCCACAGGAAGACGAAGCGUCAAGAUGUGAUCUUUGCGCGGAAACAUUUACAUCCAGAACUGCGCUGGUUGCCCAUAUCAACUCGGUUCGGCAUUUACACCGGGCGAAGAAGCAGCUUGAAGCGCAGGGUUCAGUGGAUUUGAGUUCGCAGGUCUUAGCAGCGCUCCAGAAUCCGUCGAGUCCUGGCGACAAAAAACCGUUUCGUUGCAACGUGUGCAAGAUUGGGUACGGGCAAGGUGCUACCUUGGAUAUUCAUUUAAGAUCAGUUGCCCAUCAGUCGCGAAUGAGCAAAAUCGCAGAUCUGGUCAGCGCCGGCGAGGUGGAUCCAUCGAAACCGGUACUGGAACAACCUGGUGGGCCGCCACAGAAAAUCAUCCGAGAGCUGCUAAGUCGCGAUGAUGAGCCAUCGAACGCCACCCAACAACAGAAUGUGAUGACUAUGUUCAACAUUAUGAAUAUGCUGAUGGGUCAAAAUACUAGUCUUCAACUGCCAACUUUCACUGCCUCACAACAGCAAAAUUCAAGCGGAGUGAACACUCCCGAAGCUGAAGAGAACGUUUCGGCGCCCAAAAAUGCGGCGGGUUUGGCUGCUAUGGUGAAAGCGUUUGGUGAAGAAAGGUUGUGUGCCACAUCCGCCACGAUUGCGGGAAAAUUGGCGCGGGUCGCAGAAGUGCCCGAUGCAGUCGUUGAAGAGCUGUCGGCUGUGGAGUGUUCACAAUGCGCGGAGAGGCUGCCUUCGGUUUUGGCUCUUUCGAGUCACUACGAAGCCGCACACUCCUCCACCAUCCCCGAUUCCGUCAUCGAAGCCUUCGCUGAACGGUUAGCCGAGACCAUUCCGGAGGCUCCAGCGACGAAUGGCCAUCACACUUCCCCUACUGCCAGCCAGCCCGCCAGGGACGACGGGGAACCUCCCGAGAAACGACCACGAUCUGCUGCUAGCGUUGCCGAUACCCCGAAGCCCGAUCUCGCCCAAAUGGCUAUGCUCACAAUGAUGGGAGGCUUCCCAUUUCUGCCACCAAACCCAUUGGGCGGGUUUGUGCCUGCGAUGGGAGAGUUCUUCAAUCCACUAGUAGCUCAGCAGAUGCAACAGCUGUCGUCAUCUCCAGCUAAGCGAGCGCGAACGAGGAUCACCGAUGAUCAGCUAAAAAUCCUAAGGCAGUACUUUGAUAUCAACAACAGCCCAUCUGAGUCACAAAUUAAGGAGAUGUCGAUUAAGGCAGGACUACCAGAGAAAGUGAUCAAGCAUUGGUUUAGGAACACGCUCUUUAAGGAACGACAACGCGACAAAGACUCUCCAUACAACUUCAGCGUUCCACCGCAAAUGGGCAUCGACUUGGACACUUAUGAAAAAACUGGAGAGACAAAAGUUGUACCUUUGACCGCUGAGCCUAAAAACGAACCAUCCCCUAAGCCAGUCGAGACUCCGACGGUACCACCUCUGAACCUCCAGGCGAUGAUGCAGCAAAUGCAACAAGCGAAUCCCUUUCAGUUCAUGGAUCCUUCUGGGAUGAUUCCGGGACCGAUGGCUCAGUUAUCGCAAACCAGCAGUUCAGGACGACGGGCAAAUCGAACUCGAUUUACUGAUUAUCAGCUGAGGACGUUACAGCAGUUUUUUGACAAGCAGGCAUACCCGAAAGAUGAUGACUUGGAAGUUCUCAGUAAGAAGCUGCAGCUGAGCCCCAGGGUGAUCGUUGUGUGGUUCCAAAACGCCCGGCAAAAGGCUAGAAAAAUCUACGAAAAUCAACCUAAUCAUGAAAAUGCAGAUCGAUUCGUACGAACUCCCGGGUGUAAUUUUCAGUGUAAAAGGUGCAAUCUUGUCUUCCAACGUUAUUAUGAGCUGAUACAACAUCAACAGAAAAAAUGCUAUAAAGACGAUUGCUUGGCUCAAGCUAAUGACAACAAGAUCGUUGAAGAAUCUUUAACAGAAGAGGAAAAAGCACAACUCAUACAACAAACAGCACUUGCAAGUAUUACUGAGGCCAAGUCAGCCGAUCUUGUGAAGCUGCUCGGGGCUAGCAAAUCCAGCACUGAGGCUCUGCUGAAGCUGUGUGAAUCCGCAAACACAUCCCCGUCAUCUUUCCAUAAGCGAUGUCCCUUUUGUGGACUACUUUUUCGUAGCAAACAAUCUCUCCAGGAACAUAUACCAGCACGUCAUCCACAGCAACAUUCUGUAACUCCGCUUGAUGUCGAUCUGCUUCCAAAUGCUGAAGAUGUCCCAGUUCUGAUUCCUCCAACGUCCACAGAAAACAAAGAUCUUGCUGGAGUACUGGAUCUUAGCAGCAGUGGUUCACAAGACCGAGACACCUUGUCCAUCUCUCCCUUUCUUGGACAGUCAGACGACGACCCGUCUGAAUAUGUUGAAGAGUCAUCUGGUCCGUACUCUGCUGGAAUGUCCCAGUCUCGAUCACCCACCAGCAAUAAACGAUAUCGCACCCAUCUGACUCCAACGCAAGUUCAUGUUAUGAAGAGUGUGUUCUGUGAUUAUAAAACACCAUCGAUGACAGAAUGUGAGGCGUUGGGUAGAGAGAUCGGACUUCAUAAACGAGUAGUGCAAGUGUGGUUUCAAAAUGCUCGAGCAAAAGAGCGUAAGACACGGACGGCUUCAGGUUCAGGUGAAGAAGAAAUCACUCGAUCCGCAUCGACAUCAUGUUCGAUGUGUGGUGUAGAGUAUAGCGGACGAGUAACGAUGCAAGAUCAUCUCUUCUCUCUCCAGCACUUGGCUAUUCUGAAAGCUCAACUGAGAAGUGAUACCGGACAUAGUGACACUCCGUCGUCGUCGGCUUUUCCAGCAGCUGAAAACGGGAGCGAAAGGCGGCCAGCAUCUGCAAGACCCAACAAAGCUCCAACACAACCAUCUCAAUUAGCCAAUCUCAGUCUGAACGGGUUUCCUUUCAACUUCAUGAACGGAAUGAUGCCCGGAGGUCUCCCAUUGGUAUAUGAUCCAGCCGUGUUUGGGACACCUGUGGCAAUGCUUCAGAUUCCGGAUGCUGUUAAACUACGCAUCAAGUCAGAUAUGACUGCUGGGCUUUCAUCCUCUAGAUUCACGCAAGAUGGUCUCAGCAUAGAUGAGUUGAGGCAGAAGUUGGAACCGGCUGAUGCGCAAACACUAACCCAGAAGGAGAUCGAGGUUGGUUGGGCCUGUCCAUCAUGCACAAAUGUUUUUCAACAAGAGGUCCUUCUCAAGAAUCAUCAGCGAUCAGUCUGCCAAGGAACUGAAUCCGUAUUUACCCUGGUGCAAAUCCACUACGAGUGUAAUUGUUGUUCCAUGAAAGUUGGGACACAAGCCGAAUAUUGCGCACAUUGUGAAACAGCCGAACAUCGUUCUGCUCUUCAAACAUCCACCACAACCGGUAGCUCAACUACAGCCCAAUAGUUUUGAGUUACAAAUCGUCUCUAAGCACUUCUUUCCUCUUUUGUCCCCAAAAGCACGUCUCAUCAUUCUUCUCUCUGCAGCAAGCUACUUACGAUAUUUUCUUUCUUUCUCUCAGCAGCUUAUGCUAUUCUCCAAGAGGACUUAUGCGAUAUAAUGAUUUCUUGUUCUUUUUGAAUUUCGUACACGGAUUAUCUCUCGAUUGUUGCCAGAUCGAUUUUGCCACCUUCAUAUGUGUUUUUUCUUCAUAUUUUUUUUCCUUAUUAAGUCCAGAAAAUCUGUGAUCAGAUCUCUUAUUUUGCGAUGCGCCGUCGCCGUCACAUUGUCAUAAGAAUGUGAAAGUGCGGUUCAAACUGCAGUUCUGAAUGGUUUUCAGAGCCGAGAAUUGGAUCGCACUAUGUGCGCUUCUUUUUUGUCGUUUUUAACUCACCUUAUUACUUUACACUUAUUCACAUUAUGUCCACUAGCAAUAACUAGCAUGCCUUGUCUCCCGAAAAGAAUCGUUGUAUGUGAUUUUGAAUGAUAGUCGUUAUAUAUAUGAUUUAAUUUUUUUCUCCUUCUCAAAAUCAUAGCUCUUUGUUAUUCAAUGAUGUUCGAUGAUAGAAUUUAUCUUCUUGUGAGAGGGAACCCCGAAGUUUUUCGUAUCCCCCCGGUUAUAAGUUUGUGAUGUGUGUCUCACCCCCGUAUUCUUCGAACAGCAAUUUCUACAUCCCCAGGGGUAGGACUCUUUAUCAUUUAAUAUAUAUACUUUAAUUAGGCUUUACCCUUAAAGCUAUUACGUACCUUAGCAUCUCUGAUGUUUUGAUCGUCAUGUUGAUAGACGUUUUUGUUUAUAAAAAUGGCUAAUAGUUUACAUCAUCGGAUUGUUGAGGCUGUUGAGACAGCAGUAU